GUAUUUUUGUAUUAUUUAAAACACUUUCAUACAACUACUUUUUUGGUAGUUGGUUUUCUUUACGAUUGCUUGCUUAUCUUUUGUUUAUUUUUUUUUUUUUUUUUUGAUAAAAUGUUAAAUUUUAUACCAAUUUUAAGAUUUUUUACAGAAGUUACAGAGGCACAACAAAGAAACCAGAAAAAAAGAAAAUAAAAGAGCAAAUUAAAACUACAAACAGAGACUAUGUUGUAAAACUACAAACAGAGACUAUGUUGUAGGGAGUACAAAUACUCAAAAUAAAACUACAAACAGAGACUAUGUUGUAACAAAUUUAAAGAGACAUAACCAAGAAGAUAAAGCACACAUUUUAGCAAAUUAACCAGGAGAUCUCUGAUGAGGAAACACCGAUUCCAAGCUUCCAAACCUGGAAAUUUGUGUAGUUGCCACAGUUUCGAAAAACUGGAGUCCCCAUCUUAGUUGCCACGAGCACCUCAGAGAAAGGCCCAUCCUCAAAACCUUGAAUGCAGAGACUACCUACAGCUUCUCCGAGGACUAACACAAAAACGAAACCAAAACAACAACCCUCAAACCACUGGCGGCACGGGAGCUUCUACGGACAGUCAGAGAGCCGCCUCCAACCGUCACCCUCGAACUAGAAAAGCCACGAGGAUCAUCUCCCACAGUAGAAAAGAACUGCUUAAAUCAGGAUCGCCGCCUCUACUCCACACCAAAUCACCACCGGAGCUUUAACGAGACUCAACACUCUCGGAAUCUGUCACCAAAUCCGUCAAACAAUAGUCGAAAACUAAACAAACAACCUGAGAUGCGAAGGGGCCACACCGGAUCUAACAUAGAUCUGAUUAUAAAAACGGAGAGCAAACAACUGGGGGUAGAGCUCUGAAAUCUACAUCCACUGAAGCAACCUCAUAGCCGUCACCAUGAGAGCCCUCGCCGCUAAAACUCAAACCAUAGAGAUCCGCCCAAGCCGCAACCCGACGUUGGAGAAGACACAAGCGGCAGAGACAGUAGCCACCAAUCCGAGGUGAGUCGUCUUGUUCCAAUCACCAGACCUUCACCAGCCACGGGAUAGUCCUCACAUCCCCGCCAUCUGGCUAAAACCGGCGUUACAGAAAACAGACGAGCCACCAUCUCAACCCAAAGGAGGACAAGAGGACAAGAUCAGCAAGGCAUAUGAAUAGGCGGUGAGCCGCCAAAGCGCCACACACGGAACCGCCCAGAUCUACCGCACAAGCUGCCGGAAAACCAUCUCGAAGCUGUGCCUUCUCAUCUUCCCUGCUGAAAACUGAGCAAACAAGGAAGAAGCCGACUAGCCGAGAGAAAGAGAAAAGAGAAGGCUUCCCCGGACGGAGGCGAUGAGCGCCAACCGCCGGAGAAGCAGAUGAUGGCUCGAAGAAAAAAAAAAUGCGGCGGCUCAAGUUUUGGGAGAGAACUCUAAAAAAUAGGGCGAACUCUUUCUUCCUUCUUAUCUUUUGUUUAUGCUUAUGCGUUCGUGCAUGUAUAGUAUUCACAAUCAGUAAGUUUUCUAACGUUGUUGUCACAUUGUUUGACUAAUGAAAUGACACUACAUGUACGAUGCAAAAGCUUGAAAAUAAGAAGAUCAUAAAGAUAAAGGUAUAACGUAGUUGUCGAAUUCUCGUCCACGAAUUUCGCAAUAUAAGAGUAGUCUUGGUUAGGUUUGUUACUUGUGAGGCCUUUAUUUCUAAUAAUAAUUAAGAGUUUCACGUUGAAAACAAUGUGGAACUUAAUUCAUUACCAUUUGGCUUUAAUCACACUGGAACUUCAGAAGAUUGAUAUACUGUUUUUCCUUUUUGAAUAAUAACUCAAGUAAGGAGCAGAUUAACUCAUCCCUUUUCAUAUUGUUACGAUGCCAGAUACCUUAUAUCAAUCAACUAUCAGGUCAUUGUAAUACCUUUAACGUUUUUUGGCAUAAUAUUAUUUAUAUAUGAGAUAUUUUCUUUUUGCAAAGUGGUAUAUUUGAAAAUUAUGUGAUAAAAAUGUUAAUAUUUUACCCCUUAAAUAUUUCUUUAACUUAUAAUUGACAGUCAUGUCAUACCUUUCGGUAAACUAAAAGGUUCAAUUAUUGGUUACUUUAUCGCACCAUUAUUAAUAUGAAUAGCUGAAAAAACAACAACUGACGCGUACAUACAAUUUUAGGGGAAAGAAAUCAAAAUCAAAAGUAUUUUUGGUGGAAACUGGCUUAGCGUGUGGUUUGCAUGUGUGUGAAUGCCGCCGUGGCAUGUCAUUGUCAUUUAAGAACUUUAUUUAUCUGAAUUAUGUAUGUUUAAUACAUUAAUCUAGUGGAGUUCAUUAGCUUAUUACAUUACGUUUUUAAAGUAAAGGUUAAUUAGCAGAUCAUGUGGGUGUUUAUGAUUCCACGUUUUCUUUUUGGGGAGAUUCAAAUUAUAAUUUGGUUUGCAUCCCACCAAGAAACAUAUCAAAUUAAGAUUUGUUUAAUAGUUGCUUCAGUAGAGAAAACACGUAAUUAGUUAUAUUUUAGCAUUAAGCCAUAAUUAUUGUUUUUUGUCAACAAAUUAUUGUCCUUUAGUCACACAUGUUCAAGAGGCAGUGGUCGAAGGUUACUUUUAAAUUUUGGAUUUUAUUCAUAGUUUUGUGAUAGUUCUUAUCUCAUCCUAUCCGAUCAACAUAUUGGUUUUUAUCAUUACGACUUGGUCGAUAACAACAUAAAACAAAUUAUCAAACAGUUUUUAGGUUCGAUUGCAUUUUAGUUAGUAGAUACUCUUCAUAAUUUAACAAUCAUAUAUAUAUCCUACUAUAUAAAAGGAGCUAAAUCCUAGCUUUUCUAAAGGUGCCACAAGGACAAAAUAAUCUCUACCUAUUAAACUGCCAUGUCACUAGCGGGCUGGGCUUCAAAUUAAAAUUGCAAUAAAAGAUUUGGACUUCGAUGUCGCUUACAAAAUUUUCGGUUUGUCUACGAUUUGCCGGUGAGCCAGGUAAAGAAAAAUCUCGCAGCCCAACCCAUUAACCCAAAUCGCCGUCUUCGUAAAACUAUUUCCUUCGGACAAUUACUUAUUUCAACUGUCAAACUAUUUUCUUUUGAAUUUUCUAUUUAUUCAGAUAAUUUAUUAUUUCUUCUGUUUUCUUUAACAAUGUGUGAACCGGCUAAGUUUCCUUUCAUCUUAAAAUUGUCCGCCCAAGAUAACACAACCCCUUCAUUUCAUACACAGUCACUAUAAAUUUCUAAAAAAAAAAGCCUAAAUUCUACUAUCAAACCCACCCAACAAAUUUACAACUACCAGUUCCAAUUACUCAUGCUUCGACCUCAUUCAAAUAAUUAUGGGCCAGCCUACUUUAAUUUUUAAAUAACCAUGUCAAUAAUAUUUAAAAAAAACAAACAAACCAUAACUAUGUUCACUUCAAAAAAAUAUAAAAUUAAUAAAAGAUGGGCAAUACAAAAUAAUUAUCAUUCUUAUUUGUGUAGAACAUGCAGCAGAAGAUCAAAACAAUUGGGACGACACCCUCGAACCGCAUCCAAUAAUCGUUAGGAUCAUUAGUAUGUGGCCCAUCACAAAUCACAAAAAUAAAAAUGCUUUCUAAGAACAAUUUUCAUUUGUCUUGACAUUCAGGUUUGUCUUAAAAAUACUUACUUUCAAUUAUUCCAACUACAUUUCAAAUAAUGACUUUUAACCACUAAACAUGAACAAAUAAUGGAAGGGAUGGUGUCUGUUUCUACGUCUGACACAAUCUACCAACGCUUCGAGAAAGGGAAAAUUUAUCAUAUUAGAUAUUUUAAUCUUCUUCCCAAUAACCAACAGUACAGGCUUACCGUUCAACCAUACAUAAUCAAUAUCAAUGAGACAACAAUUAUUACACUGAUUCAAGAAAACAUUUCACCGAUUCCUUCAUACAUAUUCCGGCCCCAACGCUACCACCAGUUGAUCAGCUUAGCAAAUGCAACCAACUUCCUCCCAAAAAAAACCAAUAGCUCUCUCACAUACAAAUAAAUACUAAAUUUUUGUCCCUAAAACCAAAUUAUUCCUACAGAUGUUGUUGGCCGCAUAUGCUUCAUCUAAGGAAGUGAUUUAUAUAACUACUACACAUAUUCAAAAAUCAUCAUUGGAUUGCGUUUAGACAUGUACUAACUUUUUAUUAAAUAAUAAUUGAUUUACAACUAAACAAAAUAUAAUACAAUAAUUAUUUGUAGAUCAAAAUUGGUACGUCUAACUUUAUGGGACAAGGAAGCGUCGAAUUUCAGGGAGUUAAAUCACAUAUAUACCAGGAAAAACCAAAUUGUAAUCAUCACAAGUAUCAUUCCACGGUUACAUGAAGGUAAUAAACUAAACAUAAAGUUUAUGUCAAAAUAAAUGCUUACAUAUAUUUGACUUUUUCAGGAAAACUAUCACUCACAACCACACCUGGAUCCCGCUUCUACUUGACAACGAUAUUGGUAUCAUAUAACGCUUCCAAAAGAGGAAUAAACUGAUAUCCUAAGCCUCAUAGCAAACGACACCAGCCAACUUUUAAAAAAUUUACGUUACCACUUCCUAUGUCAAUUAAAUAGCCACACUCAAAUACUAUUUUCUCUUACGAAUAUUGAAUUCCUCAAAACAAUUUAUUAUUCAAAAACUAUGUCAACGUCUUCGCAUUAUAAAAUAAACAAAACAUAACUUAUCCUUUCAGAAACUUCACCACUCUCAAUUUUAAUUGAACUGGACUUUUAUUAAACAUGUAAUCCGCGCGAAGCGCGGACACCGACCCUAGUAUAUAUAUAAGUUAUAUCAAAUAUUUCAAAAAAUUAUAUACGCAAUAUAAAAUUAUCAAGAGAGAAUAUACAACUUGGGUCCGAUCCGAUGAGAAAAAUAAAAUGUUUUAUAUUCAUUUUCAAGUCUAUGCUCGCAUAUAUAUUACUUAUACAUAUUAGUGCACAAUUGGACAAGCCCAUGAUGAUAUAUCAAAAAAAUAAAGAGUAUGCAGAAAACAAUUGUCUUAUAUAUGUUUGUUUUCAUUAUAAAGUUGUUUUGAUCUUUCUUAUUGUUUGAAAGAAAAAGGAAAAAUCCCUUUCGGAUUUAACAUUUAUAUUAUUUUAUACAUUUUUUUUUCAUUAUCAAUGAAGAUAAUUGUUAUAGGGAAAAUUCAUAAAUCAUAUAAAGCCGCUGGCAUCGGAUAUCAAAGAAUAUGAUAAUAUUUCAAUGUUCACCGAUUUUAAUUUCAAUAUCAUGUUCUAAACAUAAUAAACAAGCCAAACAAAAUGAACCAGCUAGUUACCAGUCUCAUAAUAUUCGUAUCCUUAAUUCUACAACCAGAGAGGAAAAUAAUCUCCUUGUAUGCAAGUUGAAGUCGAUAUAAACAUGUGUACUGCAACAAAUUCAUUCAAUGUUUUUUUUCCCUUAAAUUAUCAACUUUUCUCAAAAUAAUAGAGUAGUAUAUGAUGUUUGCGUCAGCAGCCGCAUCUGGCCUUACGUGAUAUGGUUAGGACAAAAGUAAAACUAACCAAUCAGCUGAGAUCUCGGAGGACACAGCUUCUCGUUAGGGUCCACUUCUCCAACAGAACUCUUCAAUUAUUCAUACCCAAUACAACGACACAAAUAAGUUUAUACGACUAUCUAAAUAUUUGAAAAACGGAACAUUUUUCUUUUUUGAUUAAAGGGUUUAAAACGGAACAUUUUUUUCAUACUUUUGUCCUUAUAGACGCUUUUCUAUUCUUUAGGAAAAGAAUGAAAGACUACUUCUCAGAAAUUUUAUAUACGAUUUUUUUGGAUUUAAUAGCUAAAAUGGAAAAAUCCCAACAUAUUAUAUACCACUACAAAUUUUAAUUAAUUUGGAUUGCAUAUUUUAAAAUUUUGAAGUCCAAAUAGUACGAACUUCCUGACUAGUCAAUCUUUAUAAAGUACAUACAAAUAGCUAUUCCUUACAUGGUGCACCAAAAAAAACUAUUUCCUCACAUAAAAGUCUAAUUAGACUUAAAUGAUAAAUAUUAUUAUGAGAAUAGAUAAACAACAUGCACAAAACACCACGAAUUUGACAAAGAUAUAUAUUAUUUAUUCUAGUUUCUGUUCAUAACACAUGCUCGAUUCUGAUGACGAUAUUUGCUAGCUUCUCGUCAUAAAUAAAUUCUGAUAACUUAAAAAAAGAAAAUAUUUUAUUUGGUUGGAAAAUAAUUUGAACUGGUUUAUUUCUUUUAAUCGACUACUUUAACAUUUGUUUUUGGACCUUUUCUAACUUUAUAUAAAAUAAGAUUCUGUAUUUUCUUUUGUUUUGAAUUCCUAAUAUAUUUAAUAAAAAUAUACAUAUAGUAGUACUAAAAGACAAAACUCCACGCUCCAUAAAUUGCCUAGCAACCUGCUCUACAAAAAAUUUCAAUCUUUGGCUCACUUCUUCUUUGCCUCGUUUGGCUCUUUGCUCCUCACCAUAAUCAAAACAGUCUUUCUCUUCUGUUGAUCUCUCGUCUCUUCAAAAUUCCAUAUAUAUAAGAUUCUUAAGAUCAUACAAAGAAAUAAUGAUAAGCAAGGAUCCAAGAUCAAGUUUGCCACCAGGGUUUCGAUUUCAUCCAACUGAUGAAGAACUCAUUCUCCAUUACCUAAGGAAGAAGGUUUCCUCUUUACCAGUCCCGCUUUCGGUCAUCGAAGAUGUCGAUAUCUAUAAAUCUGAUCCAUGGGAUUUACCAGCUAAGGCUCCCUUUGGAGAGAAAGAAUGGUAUUUUUUCAGUCCGAGGGACAGGAAAUAUCCAAACGGAGCAAGACCAAACCGAGCAGCUGCGUCAGGGUAUUGGAAAGCCACCGGAACAGAUAAAUUAAUUGCGGUACCAAACGGUGGAGUUAAUGAAAACAUUGGUAUAAAAAAAGCUCUUGUGUUUUAUAGAGGAAAGCCUCCAAAAGGUGUUAAAACCAAUUGGAUCAUGCAUGAAUAUCGACUUGCUGAAACCCUAUCGCCCAAAAGAGUGGACCAUUCGAGCGACAGCCAAUUCAAUAGUCUUGGAGACAGGAGUUUGAAAUCUAGAGAAUACUCUAUGAGGCUGGAUGAUUGGGUUCUUUGCCGGAUUUACAAGAAAUCACACAUUUCACUGUCACCACCACAUGUUGCUACUGAUACAAGCAACCAAGAACAUGAGGAAAAUGACAAAGAACCAUUCAUAGUCAGCGAAACCCUCUUGCCAAAUUUGGAAAACAAUCAAACACUUAAACGCCAGAAGUCUUCUUUCUCGAACUUAUUAGACGCUACAGAUUUGACGUUCCUCACAAACUUUCUAAACGAAACUCCGGAACAUCAUACUGAACAAGAGUUUUCUUUCAUGUUUGAAAAUUUCUCAAACCCUAACAUCUACGGAAACCCUUACUUGGAUCAAAAGUUACCUCGGUUAAGCCCUCCUAGUUCUGAGACCAGCUUUAUCGGAAACAAAAGAGAAAGAAUGGAUUAUGCAGAAGAAACGACGAGCACUUCCAAGAAGAUGAUCAACAACUUUAGUUACAAUAUAUAAUAGCAUAGAUCAUUUGGAUCAUAGUAUGGUUCAACAAUCUAGUUUUAUGAAUCAGGAACUUGAUGAGUCCUCCUCUUCCAUAUAAAGGUUAGAGAGGAUGGUGUUUUCAAAACAUAUUACACGAAUUAGGGACCAUGAUAUAUGGUUAAACGUAGGAAUUGUUAUAGUAUGAAAUUUCCAAAGUAUUGUAGGGGAUCAUAUGAUAUAUAAGCUUUAUAUAUAUUGAAAUAAUGUUAUCUUUUGCAGUUCA